GCGCGCCCGGCGAGGUGACGUCACGGGCCGCCGUGCCGCGGUGGUGGUGGUCCUCGGGAAAAGCCGCCGGGAUCGCUGCGCCUGGCGGUGCCCUACGUCCGCACCCGGGGACACGCCAUUCCUUCCGAAAGCUCAGCCGGAGCUGCGUUGUGGCGGAGCUGGUGUUUCUGAGGCGAUUGUGAUACAGAGUGAAAGUUGGCGGAAGGACGCCAGGCGGGAGAGACGCGGCGCUCUGCGAGGGAGGCAGGCCCCGGCCCGGGAGCUUAGGAACCCUGCGGGUCAUCAUGAAGUUCCAGUAUAAGGAGGACCAUCCCUUUGAGUAUCGGAAAAAGGAAGGCGAAAAGAUCCGGAAGAAAUACCCGGACAGGGUCCCGGUGAUUGUGGAGAAGGCUCCCAAGGCCAGGGUGCCUGACCUGGACAAGAGGAAGUACCUGGUGCCCUCGGACCUCACCGUUGGCCAGUUCUACUUCUUAAUCCGGAAGAGGAUUCACCUGCGGCCUGAGGACGCCUUGUUCUUCUUUGUCAACAACACUAUCCCUCCCACAAGCGCUACCAUGGGCCAGCUGUAUGAGGACAACCAUGAGGAAGACUAUUUCCUGUACGUGGCGUACAGUGAUGAGAGCGUCUAUGGGAAGUGAGUGGUGGGAGCCCAGCGGAUGGGAGCACCUGGACUCGGGGCAGGGGGGUGCUGUGUGUGGGACUUGGGGAACGAGGGAAGGGCUCCCACUGCGGAGGAGACAGAACGUGAAGACAUUCGGAGACACUACAGUGCACACACCAUUGUCAUAUUUUCACAUGCUCAAUUGAUAUUUUUUGCUGCUUCCUCAUCCCAGGGAGAAAGCCUACCAGGACAGAGCUGUUGGAUUGGCUUUGAUAGAGGAAUGGGGAUGAUGUCAAGCCACAUUUCUGCAGUUUCAUAAGUGUCAGGAGGUGGGCAGGUUGGGGCCAGAGAUGACUACAGACCACCAGUAACUGCCUGCUCUCCCUUCUCUUGGGGCAGAGAUUCUUUUUUUGACAUUUGCACAAGGCAGGUAGAGAAGGGGAUGGGAAUGUUUUAGGACUACUGGUAGUGGACCAUUCCUGGGGACCAAAAGAGACCCAUUAUAAUUAAAGCAUUGUGACCCCAAUAUCCUGUCUCCACACAUCUUCCCCAUCGCAAUGCUAAUCUCACACAUACACACACACAUCAGCACCACCCCAGUGGUGGUGAUAGACAUCAGACACAGCAAUUUAAAUGGAGCUCUCUUAGUGUUGGAAAAUGGAGCAGUAUAAUUAUGAUAAUGAAGGUAAUUAGGAUAGCAUUAAACUGGAAUUGACUUUAUACUGAGCAUCUCUGGCUAACCUGCUCGCUCUCUGGUGCCCCGUAUCCCACACCUACCUGGGAUUUCAAUGAGCCACGAUCAUUUCCAAUUAGAGGCUAAAACCGCUCCUUCAGCAUUUCCCAAACUUAGCUCCGUGUGUAGGGACAGAGAUGUCUUGUGUUUGGAGGGGGCGGGUAUGAGGUAAGGUAGGUUGCACCUCCCACUUCUCCGGGUUCCCAGCUCCCUUUCCACUGUCUCUUUCGUCUCUGUCCCUUACACAGAAAUGCCAAGUGAUGGACAGCUGUUUCCCUCCUUUUGUUUUCAUUUACUGCAGCUGCUAGUUAGAGAAUGUUGAGGGGAUGACACUAGUAAUUCUUGGAGAUUCUGUUGAUUCUGAUUAUAUUCACUAUUAGGGUUAUUAUAUGGGUGGGGGGUGGGGAGCAGGAGCUGCACUCAGACAUGACAUUUCAUUUCAUCUCUGCUAAUGGCAAGGGUCCUUCCUAUGGGGGAAAUCUUUGUCCAUUCUGUCAGCUGUAGGUUCUUGUAUAAUGAGGUUUAUGCUGUCAGGCCAAGGAAAUAAAGUAAUUGCAUACUUAAAAAAACAA